AUGGCUUGGAAAUUGCAAGGCUCAAAGAUCGCCUUCGUUGGCGGUGGCAAUAUGGCCGCCGCCAUUAUCGGUGGCCUACUGGCCAAAGACAUCAGCCCCAAAAAUAUCUUCGUCUCCGAGCCGUGGGACGUUAACCGAGAGAAGAUGAAAGGCCUGGGGGUGAAUACUACUACAUCUAACACCGAGGCAACGGAAACUGCUGACAUUGUCAUUCUCGCCGUUAAACCACAAGUCGCAAAGAGUGUAUGUCAAGAACUCGGCGGUGGUUGGGGCCAGCGCAAGAGCACUCCAAUGAUCGUUUCCAUCGCCGCGGGCAUCACGUUGAAGAGUCUUCAGGAGUGGUCGAAGCUGAGCGAUGGACGGACACCUCAUGUCGUGCGUGUCAUGCCGAAUACGCCUGCUUUGGUGGGAGAAGGUGCUUCAGGACUGUUCGCAGGAGAUGAUGUGUCGUCAGACGAAAAGGAAUUGGUGACUGCCCUGCUCGGUAGUGUCAGCAAAGCUAUUGAAUGGGUGGACAAAGAGGAGUUACUCGAUGUCGUUACUGGCUUGUCUGGUUCGGGACCGGCGUACUUCUUUGCUAUGGUGGAACAUCUAGUUUCAAGCGCAACCAGCCUGGGGCUUUCGACGGAACAGGCCACACGCCUUGCUACGCAGACGUGCUUGGGUGCGGGCAAGAUGCUGGUCGAGUCUUCAGAUGAGCCGGCUCAGCUUCGUAAAAAUGUGACAAGUCCGAAUGGAACUACCGAUGCGGCGUUGAAGAGCUUUGAGGCGUCAGGCUUCAAGGAGAUUGUGGACAAGGCAGUGAAAGCGGCGACGAGUAGGGCCGAGGAAAUGGGAAAGACUUUGGGCGGUUCGUAG